UUCAUUGCAGAAGAACAAGGAAGAUUUCGUUCUAGAAAUAUCAUCUCUUGUGUGACUUUUUCAUGCAGAAUCCCCUGUCUGACGAUAACGAUGUUUUGAAAACCUUACGAAAGCUGCAAAGAGUUUGUGGCUUAGGUCUCUCACUUCUGACCCCAGAUGGCAGCUGUGUCCGCUCCUUGUGAUGCAGUGCAGCCAUCAAGUGCUCGUGCAUCAGAGGCGGGGACUCCCUUGGCGUAGCACGUCAAUGGCAGUCAACGAGGCCGGAUCCAGGGGCAUUUCCAAUCUGUGUACCAAGGUUCAUCUACAUGGCGCCACAACCGAGCAAGAAAUGGUAGUUCAACAUUUUGGGAUUUUCCGUUGGGAACGCAUGAAUUACACUUUGCUGGGGUCACGUGACGCGUGUUUCUUCUUUCCUUUUGUUUCGGCCGACCAGGACACCAGGACGUCUCGAGUGGGUAUGUCCUUAAAAGCUGACGCUGUAAAAUGCCAGUAAACCCCAGAUAGUCAGACCCGCAAAUCGUUAUUUGGACGAAGUGCAUAACCAUUAGAGCAAAUCCCCUUCGGUACAUUGAACAACAACACGCAUUUUACAGUCUCGAGAAGGUAAAUAUAGAUGAGGUUCUAGUUCCUGAGUGCUUUGAAAGGAUUAUUCGAUCUCUUCAAUUGCUUUACCCACUCUGAGAAACUGUCCCCUAAACAUACCCAGUCUCUAAUGAAACAUAAAUUAUGAUACCGACGACAGGCUACAUUGUGCCCUUCCCGAAACAACUUGUGCUAAAGAAAGUAUGACGUAGAUGCGGCCAAGCUGGUGAAGAAGCUGUGCUGGUUUGAGCUGCUGUGUCGUGCUUGUUCUUCUGUAUCGUCCACCUUUUAGGCUUCCUUAAGGCGGAACACCAUGUGCUGUUGCUACACGACCAACUGAUAUGACACCAUCAUGUUAUUGGAAGCCCUGCCCAGCGAGGGAUUUCAGCUUACCAGGGUCGAUUAAUUAUUUAUUAAUUCUCAAGCAGCACACAAUAUUGGGCCCAUAUUGGCUGGUCAUUGGCGAUACGGGUGCAAUAUGGGACCCGUUUCGCCAGGAUUUUCCAAAUAUUGGCUGGCAAACAUUGGCAAAUAUUGGCAAACUGGGCAAUAUGGGCCCCAUAUUGCCCAGAUUGAGCCAAUAUUGGGAAAAUCCUGGCGAUAUGGGCCCCAUAUUGCCCGCGUACGCCCCAUAUUGACUGAAAAUACAGAAAAUGGUACGUACCCGUGUUGCACAAAUGCCCAAGCAGCACGGCAAGAUUGAACGUUGAAGCGUGUGAAAUACCCAAUUCAGGACAUCGUUACAUCCAACAACUUCCCGCAGAUGAUACACAUUGUUCGAAACAGUCAACGUACUUGGCAAUCCUAAUGUAACUUUCGCUUGAAUUCGACAACUCAACAUUCCACGUUCUGGAAAUAGCCGCCAUCUUCCUUCGCGAUGCCAAUGCCAAUGGGUCGAGCCGACUGAGAGCGAGCGGGUUGUUUGAGCGAAAUCACGCGUCCUACAGCUAAUGCGCAUGCGCGACAGCUCGAACGGACGUUUCAUAGGGCUAAAAUAUCGCUGGUUGCUGUAAUGAUAAUGCCAUUGCGACAGGUCAAGUAAAAAACACAAUGUCUAAUAGGAAGGGAUGGCUCUUUUGUAAAAUUAGGUGCUUUCAAGUUGCUGCAAGCAGUGUGAAUUGCUCUGGCGUAUGUCCGUCACCGUCACGAAACUGUUCCGCGCCUUUGUAGUCUCGGAGCGGGUUCGAAAUUUUUAGUUCACAGAAUAUUGCGAUGCCACUGAAGGCAUCUGAGGGAUCUUUGGCAUUGGCAGUUCCGUGAGACAGCUUGUGUCGUUCAGCAAGGCGGGCGUAGUUCUUCGUUUUUUUUUUUGCUUUUUUUUUGGCGAUGCGAUGAUAUUUUGUAAUCAUGUGCAACGUGGAUUAACUAGAUCCGCAGAAAUAAAAAAGCAAAAAUCAGAGAAAAGUAUUAUCAGAGGAGGCACAGUAAGCGGGUUUCGCCGCCGCGAAAAUAGUGUCGCCGCUGGCAUUUCCCGCCAAAUUCCGGCUAUUUACUUUCCAUUGGCUCCGGUUCCCCACGUGACCUUUCUCGAUCAUGAUUGGCUGAGGCUCAUUUAACCGGUGGAUUCUCCCGCGUUCGUUUCUCCGAGGCGCCGACCCGUCUGACCGUUGUGUAGCUGCGUCUACGUAUGUGAGGAGACGGUGAUUUCGUUUCGUGGAUUUCGAAGAUGUUCGAGCCAUGGACGAACGCCUGAUGAAAGAACCCACUCAGUUGUGCUGGGAUGAAGAGGAUGGCUUCUGCGACUCAUCACGUGCUAUGUAUGUGUGUAAUAAUAUCUAUCCCUAUUGAAAAAUACUUCAGAAAAUCUCAUAGAAGCAUAGCAUUCCUUCAGAAUUUCUUACAGAAGCGUCUUCGUCUCUCAGAAUUUCCCACAAAGGAUGCAGAUUCGAAUACCUAUCAUCACAGGCACACCACCGUGAAAAUAUCCUGUGGGAUAAUUCAGGGUCUGGCCUUGUGAUUUCUAUGAGAAAACAGCGUGAUUCAGAAACAGCGUUUAUUCCAACUGCCAGCAAGUUCGUUAGUCUGCAUUGAAACGUUGAAGCGCAUGGACGCAGCUACGCAUCUCAUGCAAAUAUCGCCAGGAAUUCAGGAUUUUCGUCGCUUUUGAGGUAUAUAGCACGUGUGUGUGUGUGGUAUAUAAUCGUCCGUACUAAGCAUUCUCAUUCUUUAUGCGUCUUUACCCCUGUUCGCACGUAUUCUGAGGAAUGGAAGGUAGAAUGCAGUGAGAUGGUUAUAGCAACUGUGCUUUGGGCAAACGGUUAAACUCGGAAGAAGCGGCAGCGAGCGGAAAUUAAUUGGAUUCGUACGUGGUCGUAACCCAUUCUCGUCUCUAGAAAGUUGGAUGAUGCUUUUACGGAAGAAAGCCUACGCGUUCCCAAUGUGCGAAACAAAAAGUUGUCAUAAUCACAUGAAGGAAUGUCUUGGUCGUCGCAUUGGACAUUUCAAUGACGGCAUGCGACUUACUCUCAAUACUUCUCAGCAAAGCCAUCAAGUGCUCGUGCAUCAGAGCCGGAGACACCCUUGGAGCCAUCAAGUGCUCGUGCAUCAGAGCCGGAGACACCCUUUGAGCCAUCAAGUGCUCGUGCAUCAGAGCCGGAGUCACCCUUGGACCUUCCUAGCCCUCCUGCUGACGUUGCUGCUCCACUGAUUCGUCCUGAGGCAUGUAAGUAGUAACCGUGUGUGUGAUAAUCGCUGCUUCGUCAGCGAACGAGACUGACAA